AUGAUUAUAGCCGAUCUUACUGAACUUGGGCGCACCCCCGUGACGGUGAUUAGCUCUGGGUGCAAGAGCUUCUUGGACAUUCCUCGAACGCUCGAAUACCUCGAGACUGAAGGUGUCUGCGUGGGUACAUUCGCAGAUGGCCGUGAUGGCCCCGUUGACUUCCCUGCUUUCUUUACACGAGAGAGUGGUAUCCGCAGUCCCCGUGUCAUCCAAAAUGAAGCUGAGGCUGCUGCCAUAGUUUAUGCGCAAUCAAAGCUCCCGGUAUCCUCCGGUAUCCACUUCGCCAACCCCGUCCCCCUGGAGUACUCAAUCUCCAAGGCUGAGAUGGAUCUUGUUAUUGAUGAAGCUAUCCGUCUUUCCCAUGUAGAAGGUUAUCACGGCAGUGACAACACGCCGUUUGUGCUUGCUAAGAUCAAGGAACUAAGUGGCGGAAAGAGUGUAGUCGCAAAUCGGGCGUUGGUUGAGUCCAACGUCAAGCGUGCAACCCUAGUAGCUGUGGAACUUGCCAAGCUUGAACAAGCUGACCUAGGAACAGGGUCUCGACACAUGCCAUCAAUCCCAGGUGUAGCCUUCUCAAGUCAAGUUGCCUCGCAAGUUGAAGAUAUCCCGAAACCAGCCAUCACCGAGGCACCUAUUAUACCGACGCUAAAGGCAGAUGUCGUGGUUGCUGGCUCGCUAGCCAUCGAUCUAUCCUGCGACUAUACUCCGUUCGGAGACGAACUCACACAGGCUGCACCAGUACCACAUACCUCCAACCCAGCAAUUAUCGGACAAAGUCUAGGCGGCGUUGGCCACAAUGUCGCCGUUGCUGCCAACUACGUCGGCAGCGACGUCCUCUUCUGCAGCGUCAUUGCAGACGAUCUCAGCGGCCGCGCCGCACUAUCAACCCUUGAAAAAGAAGGCCUCAGCACCGCAGGCAUCCAAGUCCUCCCAGCGACACCAUCCACCCGCACAGCACAAUACAUCGCAAUCAACGACGUCAAAAAAGACCUUUUAAUAGCCAUGGCUGAUAUGGGCAUCAUCGAGCUAUCCGAAUCCCAAAUCGACUUUGACGGCUUCUGGGAACCUCUCCUCGAACGCACAAAGCCAACCUGGGUCGUCGUCGACGCCAACUGGCGGCCCGACGUGAUAGCCAAGUGGAGUGCUGUAGCACGCAAACACGGUGCACGCGUAGCCUUCGAGCCCGUUUCAACAGCGAAAUCUCGACGUCUAUUCGGCAGCGAUGCAAGCAGCACCGGCCCGACUAUCGGUCCUAAUCAGACUGUCCCAGAUAAUACUAUCAGUCUUGCGUGUCCAAACCGCCUUGAGCUGGCGGCUAUGUACACCGCUGCGCGGGAAUCACUUCUGUUCGAGUCGGCCGGAUGGUGGCAUAUCAUUAACUCUAUGAACAUGUCUCCGACAGGCUCGCGUGAGCGCCUCAUUGCAAUCACUUCACUGUCUCUCGUCGACGAGGGUCUUCCGCAGCAGACUGUUCAGCUCCUUCCCUUCAUUCCCUGUAUUGUUACCAAGCUCGGUGGGGCGGGUGCGUUGCUCACUCAGCUUCUGCCGCCUGGUGAUCCCCGUCUUACGGACCCGGAGUCUGCGCCGUAUAUUCUUGCUCGCGCGUGGCCUGGGUCGGACGUGCCUUUCGGCGGUGUUUACAUGCGUCUGUUCUCGCCUGACAUAAUUCUAGAUGCCGAGGACAUUGUCAGUGUCAAUGCGGCGGGUGAUACGCUGCUAGGUGUUGUGGUGGCAGGAUUGGCCAAGGAUCCUUCCGUGCGCAUUGAGAAUGUCAUUCCAAUUGCUCAGGAGGCGAGCCGGAAGACAUUGGCUAGCGCUGGAGGUGUGAGCGAAAAACUGGUUGAGCUGCGGGACUCAUUGGGGCUGUAA